UAAUCCCGCUCCGGCAGGCGCCAGCGUAUAAAAGCCAGGGGCGCACUCCGAGCCACACACACUCUCUGAGUGAGGCUCGGCGCACGCAUCGUACACACAUACAGUAAUCAUGUCCAGUGGAGAUAAGUCCAAGGCUGCUUCCCAAACCGACGGGAAGGCUGCCCAGAGCAAGAAGUCUGAGAUGGGACUGACAUCCUACAAGAUGUACGUCUACGACCAGGAGAACUUCCAGGGUCGCAUGGUCGAGAUUAGCAACGAGUGCAUGAACGUGUGUGAGAUGGGCAUUGACCGUGUACGCUCCCUGCGCGUCGAGUGCGGACCCUUUGUGGGCUUUGAGCAGAUGAACUUCUGUGGUGAGAUGUACAUCCUGGAGAAGGGAGAGUACCCUCGCUGGGACUCCUGGAGCAACUCCCAGAAGAACGACUACCUGCUGUCCUUCAGGCCCGUCAAGAUGGACCCCGAGAAGCACAAGAUCUGCCUGUUCGAGGUGGGAGAGUUCAAGGGCCGCAAGAUGGAGAUUAUGGACGAUGAUGUUCCCAGCCUGUUCUCCUAUGGCUUCACUGAUAGGGUGGGCAGCAUCAUGGUCAGCUGUGGAACCUGGGUGGGAUACCAGUUCCCUGGAUACCGUGGUAGCCAGUACCUGCUGGAGAAGGGCGACUACAGACACUUCAACGAGUACGGCGCCCGCCAUCCUCAGCUGCAGUCCGUGAGGCGUAUCCGUGACAUGCAGUGGCACCAGCAGGGCUGCUACACCAUGGCCAGCAAGUGAGGCCCGGUGAGGGAGAGAAAGAGAAAGAGUGGAAGCGAGGGAGAGGGGCGGAGGAAGAAGGAAAGGGGGAGAGAUGUUUGAGGCCUAAAGGGUCUACGAUCACAGCGCAGGGAAGGGGUGUGGAUGUCAGCCCGCCCCUAAUCUAAUGGAACACCUCAAUGGAAGGAGCAGCUGGACCGGAAAAGAAAAAAAAAAUAAAACAUCAAACAACUCUUCACUCCUCUAUGUCUCUACUCUUCUCUUUCUCCCCUAUGGUCUGACCUUUGCUUCCAACCAAUUCUUUAUCUUUUUUUUUGUUCCCCUCCUCUCCUUUCACCUGCAGUCCUUCGCAGCACCCAAUAGGGAAGGAAACAUCACUUGCUGUUUUACAUGAUUCUCAGCUCAGGGUAUGAUGCAUAAUGGGAAACUGAGUUUCUAAGAACCCCUUGACUUCUACUGUCUAACCCUGUGCAGUGCACACCCUCUCUGCUGUACAGA